AAACUGCCAUCCUCUGCUUAUAUAAAUUGGGACACCUAUUGUCCCUCCAUUCGCCCUGGUCUUUGGCUUCUCUCUCUCUCUCCCCAAUCUGCGUCACGUUCAUAUUCUUAUUUCACGUCUCCGAUGGCGAAAUCACCGGAGGAGCAGCAUCCAGUUAACGUUGUCGGAUGGGCAGCGGAAGACUCAUCUGGUGUUCUGGCCCCCAUUAAUUUUUCCAGAAGGGCAACUGGAGAGAAGGACGUAACAUUUAAAGUUUUGUAUUGUGGAAUCUGUCACACUGAUCUUCACCAAAUCAAGAAUGAAUGGGGCAACACCAUCUAUCCUGUCAUCCCUGGGCACGAGAUUGUGGGAGUGGUGACGGAAGUUGGUGGGAAGGUUCUUAAAUUCAAAGUUGGAGACAAAGUCGGAGUAGGGUGCUUGGUUGGGUCAUGUCACUCUUGUGAAAAUUGCGCUAAUGAUCUCGAAAAUUACUGCCCUAAGAUGAUAUUAACCUACAAUGGCAUCUACCAUGAUGGAACCCCUACAUACGGAGGUUACUCCAAUAUCAUGGUCUGUGAUGAGAGCUUUGUGAUAAGCAUCCCAGAGAACCUCGCCCUUGACGCUUGUGCUCCUCUACUGUGUGCUGGGAUCACAACUUACAGCCCCCUAAGAUACUUUGGCCUUGACAAGCCUGGCAUGCACGUGGGUGUUGUUGGCCUUGGUGGCCUUGGUCACGUAGCUGUAAAAUUCGCAAAGGCUUUUGGAGUUAAAGUCACUGUGAUCAGCACCUCCCCUGACAAGAAGAUAGAAGCCAUUGAUCGUCUCGGUGCUGAUUCGUUUUUGGUCAGCAGCGAUCCAGAUCAGAUGCAGGUUGCUAUGGGUACAAUGGAUGGUAUCAUCGAUACUGUAUCUGCAACUCAUCCUUUGCUGCCAUUGAUUGGCCUGUUGAAGUCUCAUGGAAAACUCGUCAUGGUCGGUGUGCCAGAGAAGCCACUUGAGCUUCCUGUCUUUCCCCUUCUUAUAGGGAGGAAGUUAGUGGCUGGAAGUGCCAUUGGAGGCAUAAAGGAAACCCAAGAGAUGAUUGAUUUUGCAGCCAAACAUAACAUAACGGCAGACAUUGAGCUUAUUCCAAUGGACUAUGUCAACACCGCAAUGGAGCGGCUCAUGAAGACCGAUGUCAGAUAUCGUUUUGUCAUAGACAUAGGGAACACAUUGAAGCACUGA